CCGAGCUCUCGUGAACAUCGAGACUUCGUAAACCGCGACUUAGGAUUUGGUCGUGUUUUUUGCGGUAGGCUAAAUUUACUGUGUAUAGUUUUUCCUAUUCAGGAGCUGCAUGAUUACCGUUAAUAGAUAAUGUUUAAAAAGAGGAAAAACGUGAACCUCAGAAAGAGAGGUGGGAGUAGUGACGAAGAGGAAAGCAAAAACGACAACCGAAUACCGUUUAUCGACGAUGUAAAGCCGGCAACACAUGCAUAUUCUGCAAUCGAGAAAGUGAAAAAGAAGAAGGACGAAAAGUCGUUGAUGGGUGGAGGCAGUGGGAUGAUUUCUAAGUCGUCAUCAAGUAAUUUGCUGAGUUUCGACGAUGAAGAAGGUGAAGGAGAAGUUUUCCAAGUAAAAAGAACAAUACAUAGCAAGAAACAUGUUAAAAAAUUCAAAGAAAGAAAAAACAAACCUAGCAGCCUAGAUGAGAAACCAGAAACAGCCAAAACAAGUGCACCAGCUAACGCAAGUGUGCGUACAACUGCAAAAACGGAGCAUGUUGCUGGUGGUGGUGUUUUAAAUGGAAAUAAAGUCAGUAGUCCUGUCAUAAUGCCUGGUGAAGAAGAUGAAGUUCAAGAAGGUGAAGAUGAUCUCAAAAGUCCUUUCAGUAAUCUAAGACCAGGAGCAAUCCCUGAUGCUGCUAUGAUCCAUGCAGCAAGGAAGCGUCGACAGCAAGCUAGAGAAAUGGGAGAUUUCAUACCAGUGGAUGACACUCAGAAGUUUGAAAGCAAUCCAUCAAGACUAGUGAGAGAGGAUGAUAACGAUAGAAGUGAUAACGAAGAUGAAAGUGACGAGGAGCGGAUAUGUUUUACUGUCAAACCUGCGAUGACACAAAGACAGCGAGUUAUUGAAGCAAUUGAACAAGUUGAUAGUGAUGAUGGUGAAAAGGAACAUGAUGAAGAACUAAAGCGAUGGGAACAGGAACAGAUCAAGAAAGGAACUAGUGUACCACAGAUUCAAAAUGCUACCGAAGAACAAACAAGUCUGAAUUAUCAGAACUAUCUAGCACAGAGUGGCUUUGUGAACCCCCUAGGUUUACCACCACCACUGAUGAGCAUCGAUCCAUUCAGCAUUGCCAGUGAUAACAGUGCAGCAGCCAGUCCAACACAAAACGCAUCCUCACUUCUUACCAAAAUGCCUCCCAAAGAUUUACCUUCUGUUACUUUAGAUCAGGUUAAAAAACAACUGAAGGACAGGCUGAACAGCCUGGAUGAAGUUCACCGAGCUCACCAGCGUGAGAUGGAUGUGAUACAGGACAGUUUAUCAACGUCCGUGGAUGGCUCGGAGAAGUUGAAAAGAUCAUUUGGCGAGAUGGAGAUGCAGUACAGAUUCUUUCAAGAGAUGAGGGGGUAUGUCAGAGACUUGGUAGAAUGUCUCAAUGAGAAGGUGCCACAGAUAAACUCACUGGAGACACAGAUGCACAAUUUGUGGAAGCAAAGAUCUAGCAAGUUGAUACAAAGGAGACAAGAUGAUAUCAAGGAUCAAUCUGAAGAUUUCAAGAUGAAAGGAACCAAAGCUGCCGUGGCACCAAACUUGGAUGCACAUGGAAGGGAUCGGUCUACAUAUGAAAGUAAUGCCAAGCAACGAAGGCAGGCAGAACGAGAAGCCAGAAGGGCAAGAAGGCGUAGAUAUAGACAGUCGAUUGGUACAAAUAAUGCACAUUGUGAAGGAUUUUCAAGUGAUGAUGAAGUGCCGGACAGUGAGAUUGUACGGUUCAAUGGAGAGACAGCUUUCACAGUCUUAGCAGAGCAUGUAUGGGAUCCUAUGUCAUCCACACAAUCACAGAAAUUAGUUGAAUUUUUUCAUCGCAUAGCUGAUGACUUUCCCCCAGUCUCUGCUGAAAACAAACAAACACAGAUUUUAUUAAGAGCAAUAGUCAACAGAAUGAGAAAAACGCUGGACGACGAUGUCUACGUUCCUUUGUUUCCAAAAACGUUACUUGACAAUAAAGCUUCUGGUGCCAGUGCAUUUCUUCAGAGGCAGUUCUGGUCAUGUGUUAAGCUCCUAGGCAAUAUGCUAAUGUGGAAUGGCAUUGUGUCACAUGAAAUCUUACAAGAGUUGUCAUUAGAUGGUCUUCUCAACAGAUACUUGCUAUUGUCUUUACACAACUCGGAUAUCAACCUUGAUAGUAUUGAGAAGUGUAGAAUGAUUGUGUCCUGCUUUCCAAAGAGUUGGUUUUUCAAAUUGGAAGGAGAUAGCACAAUAAGGCAGUUAGAAAACCUGUGUCGGUAUUUAAAACAUGCAGUCAGUACAUUACACAUGUCAUGUGCUGGAGGUACUGAUGUGGAAAAAAGAAAAGUCAGGGAACGCACAAAGACUGUUAUCAGGAUACUAGCAGACAUCCAUGCUGUUGAUCAUACGAUAGAUAUCGCGAAAGAAUAUAAAGUGAAAGAUUUGCAGUCAAUCAUCGGACAAUAACAGGGAAUCAAGCCUCGUAUUCAGAUAUUGCUUGAUGAUGUUGCUGUGAUAUUGAUGGGCAUUACUCAGAACUUACAAAAACGGUAACAAUGUACAUUAUGAUAAGCAUAAUCGGCGUCAACACUUUCCUGACAUUUAUCCUGAACAGAAGAAUGUCUCUUCCAUGCAAACUGCAGUCGAAUUAAUGAAUAAAAUCUAAAUUUUAAAAAUCAUUGAAAUUUUGGAAGAUAAAAAAAAUAAUUGUAUAUUUUCUCGGAUAUGCGGGUGAUCACAGUUGAAUUUUAUGGCUUCUUAUUUUUUUUAAUGCAACAGCAUAUCCAAGGCAGUCAUGAAUAUGUGUGGAUUUCACUUCAAAUAUUGCUUUGUAGUUUUAUGGACAUGCUAUUGAUAAAUUAAUAUCAUAAGUUUGUUCUGAGAGUAUACUAUUUUU